GAGUAGCCAUCAGAAGGAGACCUCAGCUGGUGGUUCAGACAAAAUGGAAACCAACUACUCUGACCUUCUGAAUGGCUCAGAAGUGAUCGUCUAUGAUUCUCCCAUCUCCAGAGUUCUGUGGAUCCUCUCGAUGGUGGUUGUCUCCGUCACUGUUUUUCUUGGUGUGCUGGGCAACGGACUAGUGAUCUGGGUCACUGGAUUCCGGAUGGCAAAAACGGUCACUACUGUAUUUUACCUGAAUCUAGCUUUGGCUGACUUCUGUUUCACAGCAACUCUACCAUUCCUCCUUGCCUCAAUGGCUAUGAAACAAAAAUGGCCUUUUGGCUGGUUCCUGUGUAAAUUUGUUCACAUUGUGGUAAACAUAAACCUAUUUGGAAGUAUCUUCCUAAUUACUGCCAUUGCCUUGGACCGCUGUAUUUGUGUCCUGCGUCCAGUCUGGGCUCAGAAUCACCGCACUGUGAGCCUGGCUAGGAGGGUGGUUGUUGGGCCCUGGAUUUUUGCUCUGAUUCUCUCCUUUCCCCCUUCCCUCUUCUUGACUACAGUUAGAGAUCCUAGAGGAGAUGUGUACUGUGCAUUCAACUUUGCAUCCUGGGCUUACACUGAUGAAGAAAUGUUGAACAUAGCUAUCACUUUUUUAACAGCUACAGGGAUCAUCACAUUUGUUAUUGGCUUCAGCAUGCCCAUGUCUAUCAUUGCCAUCUGUUAUGGACUCAUCGCUGUCAAGAUCCACAGAAGAUCCCUUAUUAAUUCCAGCCGUGCAUUACGAGUGCUUAAAACAGUUGUGGCUUCCUUCUUUACCUGUUGGUUUCCUUUUCAACUUGUGGCCCUUUUAGGCACAAUCUGGUUGAAAGAAAGAUUGUUUAGUGAUGGCUACACAAUUCUUGACAUGUUGUUUCACCCAACCAGCUCAUUGGCCUACUUCAAUAGUUGCCUCAAUCCAAUACUCUAUGUUUUCAUGGGCCAGGACUUCCGAGAGACACUGAUUCAUUCCCUGCCUUCUAUUCUUGAGAGAGCCCUGAGUGAGGACUCUGGUCAGACCAGUGAUAGAGCCACCAGUUCUGCUUCGCUUUCUGAAGACAUUGAGAUGAAGGCAAUAUGAAGAUUGGUAUAGGGGAUACUUUUUGUCCCACCUCAGUUCCAUUCCACUUUUGUCUUACCUUAUGU